GAAGGCUUUAUCAUUGACUAAAAGACGACUACUAAGGAUGAACAAGUGAAUUUAAAUUUGCAUUAAAGAAACGAAAGCAUGGUUUAAGUUGGGAGUGAAUGGAAGCGCCUUGUGACGUUGGAACCAGCCAGUAAACUCGUAAAGAUUUCAAUUGGCAAAAAAACUGUGUGACCGAAACAAGAUACUCACUCGGUUUCUUCCGCAAUACACACGAAUGCCACCACAAUCACCGCAUUUUUGGUGCCACCAAUGCCAAAGGGAAGUGCAAGUGCUGAUGGCCCCUGAUCCUAUAUGUCAAACUUGUAAUGGCCAGUUUGUUGAACAGAUUGAACCUGAGAAUGAUCCUCGAGAUUUCAUUGCCCCGCUAUAUGAAGAAGAUCCAGUUAUGGGAUCUACCCCGGCGUCUUACAAUACUUUCAGCACAAGUGGACCUAACAGCAACGUAUUUCAGUUCUUUGACUCGAGCACUAAUGCGCCAGAAAACGGAGGUGCAUUGUAUUCCAUGCUUAAUGCUCUCUUAAACGGAAACCUGCCAACACCACCAGAACAACAAGAAAGAGGACCAAACAAUAAUAACACCUCGAGAAGUAAUCCUGAUGUUGGUCAACCAACACCUGGUGGUGGAGAUGGAACUCGCGUUGGUAGACAUCGACAACCAGUCAUGUUUAUGGGCAGCUUUGGCGCGGAUGGAGGAUUGAGAUUUCGGUCGGUUCAAAGUGACCAACCAUCGACUAUGCCGGGUUCUUUCCAUAGCUCACAAAAUACCACGUAUCAGAGAACAGAAUCACCAAGACCAGCUGAAAACCGAGAUGCGCGUACCGCCAACAUGAUUAAUCUCAUUCAGAUGAUAUCCGGAUUGAGCGGAUCGCCCAUUAGUCUCAAUUUUGGCGGUAGUGCCAAUCCAGGAGAUUAUGUGUUCAGUCAGACUGGAUUGGACAAUAUCAUUACCCAAUUGAUGGAGCAGGCAAAUAGUGACCAUGCACCACCCCCGGCUACAGACGAAAUAAUAGACGGCUUAGAAAAGAAGAAGCUCAAGGAGACAGAACUCGAAAAAUACGCACAUUGCGCCAUUUGUACAGACGAUUUCAAUCUGAAUGAGGAAGUGACGAUAUUGCCGUGUGAGCAUGGAUACCACGCAGACUGUAUCACGCCUUGGUUAAAAGUAAAUGGCACUUGUCCUGUCUGCCGAUACUCGUUGAUCACUGGUCAAUUACCAAAAGAUACGCCAUCAGAAACAGCGCACAACACAUCGAAUACCACCGAAGCAAGCACAUCCAAUCAAAAUCAAACGACGUCUAGCCAAACAUCACAUCCAACAUCCGAUUCAAGGACUACUACCUUUUCUUGGGAGUCGACUAUUCCAGGAGCGUUUAGAUGGGGAGGUAGUAGCAACAACCAAACGCAGCAGCAACAAGAUAGCCAUCCGAACUCGGACAAUACCAACCAUAACGCUGGCGCCAAUGGAAACAAUCCAUCGUCGUCUUCUAGCAAUCCGAACCCUCCUUCCGGCCCUCUUGACUUGGAUUGAUAAAGAAAUUGUUUGGUUAUAUACAUAUGUUGAAAAAGAUGGUGAAGAUUCAAAAUGUUAUUGUAUUUUUUUUGUUCUUGUAU